UUUCGCCGAGCUGCGCGGCCCCAUUGCGUCUCCGAAGCGGUGAGCCCUGGAGACCCAGAGCCGAGAGUUUUGGGCCGGCCGGGGGCUCUGCUAGGGAGGCCGCCGGACUUGGAUCGGAGCAGCACUUAGCAGACGCGGUGCAGUCGACCAGAGCCACCAUGGGGUCGACAGCCCCAGGGCCCAUUCACCUGCUGGAGCUAUGUGACCAGAAGCUCAUGGAGUUCAUCUGCAAUGUGGACAAUAAGGACUUGGUGUGGCUGGAAGAGAUCGAGGAGGAAGCCGAGCGCAUGUUCACCAGAGAAUUCAGCAAGGAGCCUGAGCUGAUGCCCAAAACACCUUCUCAGAAGAACCGACGGAAGAAAAGACGGGUUUCCUAUGUUCAAGAUGAAAACAGAGACCCCAUCCGGAAAAGGUUGUCCCGCAGAAAAACCCGGAGCAGCCAGCUGAGCUCCCGGCACCUCCGCAGCAAGGACAAGGUGGAGAAGCUGGCCACGGUGGUGGGGGAAAACGGCUCUGUCCUGCGGCGGAUGACCCGCGCCACGGCCGCAGCUGUGGCGGCCACCGCGGCGUCCGCUGCCCCCUCGUCCAGCCCCGAGUCUCCCACAGCGCUGACCAAGAAGCCCCGGAACAGCCUGGCCGAGGGCCCGCUGGUGCCGGUGGUGGAGAUCAGCGUCAGCGAGCGCCGGAGCGCCGAGCAGCACCUCCGCGGGAUCAAGUCCGCCCAGUCGCCUUCCCGGGCUCCGUCCCCUCCAGCCUCAGUUCCUGCCUCCCCUAGCAUGUCGAUGUCGGAAGAGCAAUCAACCCCCAAGAAGCCAGAGGCCAGGAGACUGGAAUCUGUCACCGUGACCUCCCUAAUGGCCACACCCCAGGACUCCAAGGGCCGAGGGGUCGGAGCAAGCCGGUCAGCCUCCAAGCUCAGGAUCGCGCAGGCUUCCCCGGGCCCGCAGGACCUGUUGGGCUCUCCUGCGUCCCCGUGGCAGGAGCGGGUGCUGGCUCCCAUCCUGCCGGACAACUGCUCCACGCCCACGGGCACCCGCGUGGACCCGCAGUCAGUACGGCGCAGCCUGAUCGCACCAUCCUCCCCUGGCCGCCAGGUGUCGCUGGCCGAGAAGUACUCGCUGGUGGACCGAAAGGACAAACCCAUCCGCAGGUCUAGCAGAAGGAUUGGCAAGAAAGCCGCUGAAGAGCCGGCCGCCUCGGCCCGCAUCAUCUGUCACAGUUACCUGGAGAGGCUCCUGAAUGUUGAGGUGCCCCAGAAAGUAGGCCCUGAGCAGAAGCCCGGCAAGGAGGCUGAGCCCGUGGAGGCAGCUGAUCCGGAGGUCCCCAAGAGCGCAUCCCGCAGUGCCACCAAGAUCGCCAUUAGCACACCUGCCUCGCGGCCUGUGGCUGGUGGCCAGGAAACGCCCUCUGAAGGGCAGCAAGAGCCCAAGACUGACCAAGCAGAUGGCCCCAAGGAGCGCCCCCAGAGUGUCAGGAGGAAGCGCAGCUACAAGCAGGCGGUCAGUGAGCUGGACGGGGAGCCACAGCUGGACGAGGAGCCGCAGCUGGACGGGGAGCCGCAGCUGGAGGACGGGGAGCCGCAGGCCCCCAGGAGCAAGACCCCUUCCCCGCCCUGCCCUGCCAGCAAGGUGGUGCGGCCCCUCCGGACCUUCCUGCACACCGUGCAGAGGAACCAGAUGCUCAUGACCCCGACCUCGGCGCCCCGCAGCAGUGUCAUGAAGUCUUUCAUCAAGCGCAACACUCCCGUGCGCAUGGACCCUAAGUGCAGCUUCGUUGAGAAGGAGCGGCAGCGCCUCGAGAACCUGCGGCGGAAGGAGGAGGCUGAGCUGCUCCGCAGGCAGAAGGUGGAGGAAGACAAGCGACGGCGGCUGGAGGAGGUGAAGCUGAAGCGUGAGGAGCGCCUCCGCAAGGUGCUGCAGGCCCGGGAACGGGUGGAGCAGAUGAAGGAGGAGAAGAAGAAGCAGAUCGAGCAGAAGUUUGCUCAGAUCGACGAGAAGACUGAGAAGGCCAAGGAGGAGCGGCUGGCUGAGGAGAAAGCCAGGAAGAAGGCAGCAGCCAAGAAGAUGGAGGAGGUGGAGGCGCGCCGGAAGCAGGAGGAGGAGGCGCGGCGGCUCCGGAGGCUCCAGCAGGAGGAGGAAGAGCGGCGGCACCAAGAGCUGCAGAAGAAGAAGGAGGAGGAGCAGGAGCGGCUACGCAGAGCUGCGGAGGCCAAGAGGCUGGCGGAGCAGCGGGAGCAGGAGCGGCAGCUGGCCGAGCAGCGGGAGCAAGAGCGCCGGAGGGAGCAGGAGCGGCUCCAGGCCGAGAGGGAGCUGCAGGAGAGGGAGCGGGAGAAGGCGCUGCGGCUGCAGAAGGAGCGGCUGCAGAGGGAGCUCGAGGAGAAGAAAAAGAAGGAAGAGGAGCAGCGUCUGGCCGAGGAGAGGCUGCAGGAGGAACAGCAGAGGAAAGCCAGGGCGGCGGCGGCGGUAGCGGCGACGGCGGCAGCGGCCAGCAAAGGCCUGAAUGUGACUGUGGAUGUGCAGUCUCCAGCUUGUACCUCCUAUCAGAUGACGCCACAGGGCCACAGGGCCCCCCCCAAGAUCAACCCAGAUAACUACGGGAUGGACCUGAAUAGCGAUGACUCCACCGAUGACGAGGCCCAUCCCCGGAAGCCUAUCCCCACCUGGGCUAGAGGCACUCAGCUAAGCCAGGCCAUCAUCCACCAGUACUACCACCCCCUGAACCUGCUCGAGCUCUUUGGAACCAUCCUCCCACUGGACUUGGAGGACAUCUUCAAAAAGAGCAAACCCCGCUACCACAAGCGCACCAGCUCUGCUGUCUGGAACUCGCCGCCCCUGCUGGGUGCCAGGGUCCCCAGCAGCCUGGCCUACAGCCUGAAGAAGUACUGAGGCCCCCGGGCCUUCUCAGUGGUCUCAGCCCCUGUGUGUGUGUCUGCCUGUCCGCCCCUCUGUCGCUCGGUGCCAUCCUGCCUGGUGUCCUGUCUCGGGGGUUUGCCGUGUGUAUAUAAAUGUCCUCUGUGUGCUACAGGCAGAACGGGGCCCAGGCCUGUUUGGAGGCUGCACGGGUGGGGGGUUGGGGGAGAACUAGCCCAGCCCCGCCUGGCCUGCACACAGCACUCUGUAAAUAGGUUGGUAGAAUUCAGCGGAAUUUUAGCCUCUAGUGUUCGAGAGCUAGAAUAAUAAAGUCUGUUCCUUCAAGCCUGCUGUGGGUAUUAUGGGGAUGGGGGGCCUUGGCAGAAUGUCCUGGACCCUGGCCCUGCCGCCCCGUGUCUCAGGCCACCAGUGGGCUGGGGGCCAAGGCACUGUUUCUUCUCCUGGGCUGUGCUUCCAGGUCAGCCGGGUCUCCCAUGUCAAGAUGCUGACGCAGUGGGUGAUUCUGAUCCUGUCCUUGAGCAAUGCUGAGACUCAAGUCAGUUACCUGCACGAUGGGGCAGGUGAAGCUUCUUUCUCAGUUUCUGGGGAGCUCCUUCCUUGUAAAGGGAGGCUUGUUCGGUGGGAAAGACGUGGAGGUUGAGGUCAGGAGGACUGGGCUCUUGACACAGCUCUACCACCUAGCCCCACAGGCUCCACCCUUGCUGCGUGGUUAGUCAAAGGACUUGACAAGGUGUGCACACUGCUAAAGCGGGAGUUCUGAUUAGAAAGAUGUCUCGGGAAACCACGUUGGGACCAGUGCUUGCAAGCUGUUGAGGUUUCUCACGCUGUUGAGGUUUCUCACGCUGUUGAGGUUUUUCAUGCUGUUGAGGUUUCUCCAACAGUCCAGGCAGCUGCUCGUUCAUUGCUUAGUGCUUGACGCUUAGCAGCUGUGGUUGUGCCCGAGAGCUGCCUGCUCAGCUCCUCGUCGCUCCAGCCUCUAGGACAGGGGUUAGUGAACUAUGGCCUCAUGGGCCAAAUAAAACCUCAGGCAGUUUUUGUAAAGUUUCACUGGAACCCACCUAAUAGAAACAAAUAUCUGUUGUCUCUGGCUGCUCUGCUGAGGGCAGAGGUAAAUAGUUGUAAUAGAGGCCUUACGGCCCCCCACGCUGAAAAUACUCUGGCCCUUUACAGGAAGUUUGGUGACCCCUGCUCUAGGACCCCUGCUUUGCUGACCCCCUUGAAUAAAGGCUAAAUUCAAGAGUACUUGAAAAUGAGGAAAUAGUGAGCAGACACAAUAGACUGAAGUUCAAAAGGACUCCACCCAUUUAAAAAAACAAAAAGAUAACAUUUGAUGGUUCAUUCAAAUAUGGCGCACAGCCCAAAUUGGUUCCAUAUGCUCUUGGACUAGAAACUUGUGUGGAGUCCGUUGGCGAGUGUGUCUUUACCUAGGACUGAUCAACUUUUUUCUUUUAUGGACUGAACUUUUUGGUGUUCCAUCUUCUUCAUCUUUGUCUAGCCCCAGUUGUCAAAGAUUUCCCUUAUAUUUUCUUCUACAUGUUUUAUAGUUUUACCAAUAUUACAUUUAGG